AAGCUCAGAAGCCACCCAACAUGGCCAAAGGUGGAAAACUAACAAAGCUCAAGUCAGUCCUCAAGAAAUGGAACUCAUUCAGCAACAACAACAACAAGCAGAGCCGCGCCAGCAUCAGCGCCGUCGCGAAUGACGAGUCCUCCUCCGAUUCGGGACCGGAGCUCCGCCCUGUGUACGUCGGAAAGACAAGGCGGCGCUACCUCGUGAGCUCCGAGGUUGUCGGAAACCCGCUAUUCCGGGAACUGGUGGACAGGUCCGAGGAGAACGAGGAUGACGUGGACACCAUCAACGUGGCAUGCGAGGUUGUGCUGUUCGAGCACCUGCUUUGGAUGCUCGAGAAUGCUGAUCCACAACCAGAGUCGCUGGAUGAACUCGUCGAAUUCUACGCUUGUUAAUGCUAUAUCUCAGAAACAGACGAGCAUGCAUAUGAAUAAUAAUAAUAGUAAAUUAGUAAUA